AUGUUGGGCAAGAAGAUUGGUUCCUUCAAAAAAUUAGCCAAAAAGGUCAAGGUUAAACGCACCCCGAAUAUAGAGCCAUCACACCAUGACUACUUGCUAAAGACAUAUGAAGAAGACGAAGGUUGCAAUGAACCCAAACCUGGUUUUUUUGCGAUUUAUGUAGGUAAUCAUGAGCCACGAAGAUUUGUUGUUCCUACUGAAUACCUUUCGCAUCCGUUGUUUAAAAUGUUGUUAGAGAAAUCUUAUGAUGAUGAAGAAUGGAAUAACCGGUUGGUGGUUCCAUGCAGUGUCACGGCUUUCCAAGAAGUGGUUAAUGCCGUUGAAUGUUCCAAUGGGAUGUUUGAUCUUGGUCAUCUGGUUGAAGAGCUCAUUUAG